AUGGCGUUCAUGGUGAAGAGCAUGGUGGGGGGGCAGCUGAAGAACCUCACGGGCGGCCUGGGCGGAGAGGAGAAGAGCGAGGGCGAGAAAUCUCCGGCCGAGGCCCAGGGCAUGACCCGCGAGGAGUAUGAGGAAUAUCAGCGGCAGCUGGUGGAGGAGAAGAUGGAGAGAGAUGCCCAGUUUGCCCAGCGCAAGGCGGAGAGAGCCACGGUCAGGUCCCACUUCCGAGACAAGUACAGGCUCCCCAAGAACGAAACGGAUGACAACCAGAUCCAGCUGGUGGGAGGCGACGUGGAGCUGCCCAAGGAGCUGGCCAAGAUGAUCGAGCAGGACAACGAGGAGGAGGAGGAGAAGAACUCGGUUAUCGGCCAGCUCAGCAACAUCCAGAACCUGGACCUUGAUUCCUUGAAGGACAAAGCUUCGGCCACGCUAGAGGACCUGAAGCAAUCGGCGGAGAAAUGCUCCGUGAUGUGACGGGGCUGAGCCCCCCUCGCCGCCGGCGCGACGGUGGGGGAGCAGGGAGGGGACGCAGCGCAGGGUCUGGCGGGGGCUGCUGCCUGCGGCGGGGACCCCACCGACGUUGUCACCCUUGCCGUGUGUCACUCGGGUCCUCCUGAGCCGUGUGACCCCUCGAGUCCCUGACCCAGAUGUCCCUGAUGUGUGGUUUUCGUUUCGUUCUCCGGGCUGAGGUAGAGCCAAAAGCCAGCAUGUCCCCCUCGUACCCCAAGGCCUCCUCCCGUGCCCGCGGCAGGGGGUGUCCGCAGCCAGAGCCGGGGAGGUUGCAGGGAGGGAGAGUGACCUUGGAGUGUUAUUGACCCACGCCAGCGUGGGCAGGACGCUGCGUGGUGGCCGCACGCUGUGGCUCUGCCUCCACAUUUCCACUCAGCCUCCUAGAAAUGACCGGGAGGCUCCGAGUUGCCUCGCAAGGACGAGGCAGGGUGUGGAACACCCCCCUCCCUGCGUCCCAUACCCAUCACCUGAGAAAUGACAUCCCGUACCUGCAAGGAACACCAACCCCUCUGUCCUUGAGGGCCCCUCUGAAGGAGCCAGCCAGGAAGGAUCUGCUAUAUGAUCCCUUCAUCCCUGUGGGAAGGGGGUGCUGAGGACCAGAGGGCUGAAGCCUGAAUUGACACCAGAGAGGAACAAAAGCCCUCCCUGGUGCUGAGCUGAGCCCGCACCAGCCCUUCCCCGGAGCAGUGGUGUCCCUCUCCUGGGGUGGGAUCUGCUCCUGUCCUUGUUCCUUCCAGGAGAAGAACAAAGUGAUAAGGGAAUAUCCCCUUCCUCCCGCUUGUCGUGCUGUGGUUGUGCGCUGUGCUCGGUUGAGUGUCCCCGCACCUCCUGUGCUGUCCCCGUGCCAUGGUACUGUUAUAACCGGUGGAAUAAAUACCAGGAGAUGUCUAUGCA